CUCUUGUCUGACUGGAUGAACUUAAAACCCUUGUGAGUGACUUCCAGGUUCAAUUCCUUCCUCGACAUACGAAAAACCGCCCGGCUGUUAUAUACACACAUCACGGGCAAGCAUCUCGGCAGGCAGCAAGUUCCCCCCAACUCCGCCAUUGAAGAUCACUAAACACCUUUUCCUAAACGGCGGCAUCGCAUUAUUAUUAGUUUUGCGCCCAUGAGUCUUCGAAGUCGCCUUCGCGGGGGUUGCCAGUGCGGCCGCAACCGUUACAUCAUCGAAAUUCCCGAGCACGCGAAGGAUGCAGUUCAGGUCUUGUUCAACGCCGACUUACUACACCAAAGACCCUUGGCAACACCGCUCGCCGCGUUCCUCCGCGUCCCGCUUUCAUGGUACCACAGCACGACGCAGUCCUUCUUCCCGGACGAGACGCACUCCAUGAUACGCCGCGUCUUCGAGGGCCAGAACCCCCUGCAGCGGCAAACCAAGCGCUACUUCUGCGGGUUCUGCGGCACGCCGCUGUCCUACUGGACCGAGCGGCCCCCAUCCGAGGCCGACUUUAUCCAACUCACGCUGGCCAGCCUGUGCGGCGAGGAUCUCCGGGACCUCGAGGACAUGGGCCUGAUCCCCGGAUCCGAAGACGUCGGCCCCUCCCUCGUCUCGGAGGGAAGGGGGGGGCCGGUCAAGCCAGCGCAGACGACCGUGUCGGCGGUGGAGCGGACGACGCGGGGCGUGCCGUGGUUCGACAGCCUGGUGGAGGGGUCUCGGCUGGGGAACAUCCGUCGGUCCCAGGAGGUCGAGCAGAGCGAGGGGGGUGGUGGUGUGAGGGUGGAGUGGGAAGUCAUCGAGUGGACCGAAGGUGAAGAUGAGGCCGGCAGGUCAGUCGAAGAAGCCCCGGAGGCCGGGGCGGAAGACGUGGAAAUGGGCGGCACCUCCGGCAAGCGUAAGCGACGUGGGGAUGGGGAUUCGGAUGCGACUGCCGAGGCGGCGCACUGAGAAGGGAGGCCGAGAAGAAGGAGAGGAGAGGAAUGAGCUGAGGAGGAGGAAGGCCUAUGCCGCGUAUUCUGUAAAUCCUCUUUGCCAUCCGCCUUGCCUUCUCUUUAGCCGCCCGUUCCCGUGGCUGUCCUUCUUUCGUGUCAUUAUUUCAUACCCAGCAGGGCGCUGUACAGCGUGGCGAUGGAGGACAACGUCGCAGUGGGCCGAAGCGGCCUACGAAGUGUACAGAUUAAUUAAGCCGCAACGCUGAGCCCACC